AAGGGAGAACAUGAGAGUCGAUCAGCUGCAUUCGGCGGCAGUAAGCAGUAAGCGAGCAGUAAGCGCUUGCAUUUUCAUGUAUGUGCUCUAUGCUGUUGUAACGAAUGUUCUAUAAUGGUUAUGUCUCUGACACAUCUGUUUCGGUUCUUAUAGUCAUAAGUUUGUGUUAUACCCGUCUUCUUAAACGCACGUGUUUCAACCUGACCAGUAAAUUACACGUGAAAUGAAACUGGUGCACUAAAGUUACUCAGUGAAAGCUGACAAGCAAGAAAUUCGUGUAUCUUUCAUACUCUCAUUCCUUUUUAUGGUGUUUGCUUGCCUAUGUUCCAUUAAUCGGCGAGCAAUUAGCUCGCUCAAAAUAUUGGACGAUGGAAGUACUGAUGCACGAGAUGAGCAAUGGCCAAGAGACGAAUACAGUCGACGCGAAGGUUUACACUAUGUCUAAGCAGACAGAGAAAAAGGUAGAAAAUGUACAUAUUGAGGAUGGAAGAUGUUUCAUGGGAAGCAACGCGGUGGAUACCGUUGAUAUUAUGUUCGAGAACAUCAAAUAUACCGUGUCACUGGGUUGUAAGAAAGGCCAAAAGGAGAUAUUACACGGAAUCAAUGGAAGACUUCCAGCGAAACAUUUAAUCGCUUUAAUGGGCCCAUCCGGAGCAGGGAAGUCGACCUUGCUGGAUAUCCUGUCGGGAUUCAGGACGACUGGCAUGGAUGGAAACAUUUACAUCAAUGGUCAUGUCCGACACUUGAAUUCUUUUCGAAAAUGUAGCACAUACAUCACGCAAGAUGACCGUUUAGAAGCUCUGUUGACAGUCGCUGAGAACAUGACUGUCGCAGCUGACCUCAAGCUGCCCACUAGCACCCCUAGAUACGAGAAGGAAACGAUAAUUAAAGACAUCCUGAAUACCUUGGGUCUAUAUGAGCAUAUGGAUACUUUAACGGAAAAAUUAAGUGGCGGGCAAAAAAAGAGGCUAUCCAUCGCUUUGGAGUUGGUUAAUAAUCCGACUGUUAUGUUUCUCGAUGAACCGACUACGGGUCUGGACAGUUCAUCGUGUAUGCAUGUGGUAAAUUUGUUGAAACUGCUCGCACGACAAGGAAGGACGAUCGUCUGCACGAUACAUCAACCUAGCGCCUCGCUCUUUCAGUUGUUUGAUCUGGUUUAUGUACUAGCGAAUGGAGAAUGUUUAUUUCAUGGUGCAACCACCCAGUUGGUUUCCUAUUUGGAAAACGUUAAACUGCCAUGUCCUGUAUACUACAAUCCAGCUGAUUACGUAAUUGAGUUGGCUUGCGGUGAAUAUGGAGAUGACAAAAUAGCGAUGUUAAUAUCGGGCUCAGAGAACGGCAAGAGUACGCAAUGGUUCCAAAAUACUGAUACUCUUAUAAGUGCAAAUAAUUUGAAAGCGUUGCAUCCAAUUAAGAAGCAUGUGAAUUUAAGUGGAAAAAGUAGUCUUCAUGCGACUUCUUUAAUACAUCAGAUUAAAAUUCUGAUUGAAAGAGGUUUUAUAAAGUCUAAAAGAGAUACUACAUUAACAUAUUUACGAAUCAUAGUUAAUAUAGCCGUUGGUUUAAUGCUUGGUAUGGUUUUCAUUGAAGCCGGGACCGACGGUGCCAGAGUGUUAGAUAAUUAUAAUCUUUUGUUUUCCAUUCUUAUACAUCAUUUGAUGACCACAAUGAUGCUUACCGUAGUUACUUUUCCUAUGCAAAUGAGCAUUCUAUUAAAAGAACAUUUCAACAGAUGGUACAGUUUAAAAGCAUUUUAUACGGCCAUUACUGUCAUCGAAUUACCGAUUUCGGUAAUAUGUUGUCUACUUUUUUCGGUGAUAACGUAUUUGUUCACGUCUCAACCAUUAGAAAUGUCACGAUUUUUCAUGUUUUUCGCGAUUAGCUUGUUAGUGGUUCUAAUAUCACAGGGAGCUGGUCUCAUGAUUGGGGCGGUGUGCAAUGUAAUUAAUGGAACAUUCGUGGGACCAACUUUGACCGUACCAUUGAUGAUGUUCGCUGGGUUUGGUGUUACAUUACGUGAUAUACCAAGUUACCUUAAGUGGGGUACAUAUAUCAGUUUCUUGCGAUAUGGUUUGGAAGGAUAUAUCGGUGCAAUUUAUGGAUUCGAUAGACCAGUGUUAUUCUGCAAAAGUAACGAAAAUUUGUACUGCCAUUACAGAUAUCCAGCAAAAUUCCUUUCUGAUAUUGCGAUGGAAGGUAAUCAGUUUUGGAAUGACAUUGUGGCGCUUAUAAUAAUACUUAUACUAACGCGAUGUGCCGCGUAUUUUCUUCUUAAGUGGAAGAUCAUGUCUGUACGAUAAACCGAUUAAGUUCAAAGUGAUCUUCGAACUUGUUGUUUCGAUUUUGUUUCGUAUCGUAAGCGAUAAACGAUCGUUAUUUAGCUGUAUAGGACGUUAUAUGAAAGGUACUCGAAGAAUGUAUUUAUACUAUUUCUCUAGUUUUGCAAAUACUUUCUGCUCAAUACAGGGUGACUUUUAUAGAGAUAUAAAAUUGGUUCUUAAGUAAUUUUGAUACUAAAAAAUAAAUACAUUUAUAUGUAGUAGUUAUGAAUUCUUGAAAAAUGUGUAUAAUUCUGACUAAGUCAAAGACAUUGUUUUUAUUAAACUGGUUUAAUUAACGGUUUAAUUAAUCUCGUUUAAUUAAUGAUCUGGUGAUAUCUCUAAUUUGUAAAUACCAGAUUUUCUUUUUUUAAAUGAGAAUAAUGUCGGCGAUAUCUACUCGUUCGUAAUAACAUAAUACAAUUUAGAAUUAUUCUGGAAUCAAUUUUAACUUAUUCGUUAUUUCUAUUUUUCAUAUUCAAUAAUAAUAAGAAUUUUAGACAUUUGAAUGUCUAAAUUGUAAAUUAAUCUUUCGUGGUCGAAUUACAUUACGAUAGAAUAAUUUUUUUCAAUAAUCUUAAUAAUUCCAUCACUAAAGAUUGAUAGACGAGAAGAAACACGCUGUUAUAUGUAAAUUAAGUAUAUAUUUAAGCUGAUACAUUUUUCCGAAAUGAUAUUUUCGGAAGUUGAACGUGAUAUUUUAAAAUUGCUCAACGAACGUCAAUUACCAAUGCAAAUAUAUUUUUUUACAUAUUAAUUUACGAAAUAAAAUGAGAAAAUUGGCUCUCCAGUUGUACGUUACGCAAACUUUUAUUUUAUAAGUAUAUUUUAUAUGUUAAUAUUCUAUAAUUUAUAACGUGAGAAACCUUUUAACUUCUCCUACUUGAAAUUGUUAAUGAUACAACCAAUUGUAUAUCUAUACAAUUAGUUAUACAAUUGAAUACUGCUCAUACUUCUGUAUAAAAUGAUAUUGUUAAGUUCAUUAUUCUGUAACGUGUGAUGGUAGAAAUUUCUUGCCCUUUUUGUACUUGAAAUUAUCGAUUGUACAUGUAAAGUAUUUUUAUACAAUUAUUUUAUUAAUAUAUUUAUAUUCAAUAUAUUGGUGGGACGAAGAAAUUGUAGUUAAUCAAUUGUAACUUUGAAACAAUCCUAUUCAAAGUAUUCUUGUUUCCAUCGUCAGUGAGCUACGUUAUGUGAGUGUUUACGGAAAUACUUUGGACUUGUGAUUACGAUUAAAGGAACAGUAAAACAUUUGAAAGAUA